UCUCUCGUGUGUUGAAUGCUUUUGGCCAUGAUUGCAUCCUUGCAUGGAGGGUUAAUCUGUUAUGUUGAACUUGAUCUCUUAGAAUUGCUUUAAAAGAAUUGAGAGUUUUGAGAGUUCAGAAACUUGAAGGAGUGGAUUGACUAGUCAGAAUCGAUUCAUCUGAAUUGGGUUAUUGUUAGUUUGGAAUGUUAAUGGAAACGAUUAUUGAAGCAAGAAUUAUAGUGCUGGAGCUGGGUUCAUGAGAAAAAUACAGCUAAUUUUCUGGUUGGGAGAUGGUGCUAUUAGGAAGUAAUGGAUGAAGGAACCUGUGAAAUUACCCACUUCUAUUCUCUCUCUCUCUCUCUCUCUCUCUGCGUUUUUAAUGGCUCCCAAGUAACCCAAAACGGUCCUAAGACCCUGACUACUACUGGUCCCAGUGGGUAGGCCCAUGAAAAAGCUAAUCAACAAUAAGUAAUUGAGAAGUUGCAAUUCUUGGAAACCCUUUUCCUUGGCUGUCCAUGUAUAUUUUGCCAAGUGGAAGGGUGUUUUAGUACCUCUCAAUUUUGCAUUCUCUGUUUUUAUUUUCAAUUAUUAUUUUUCCCAAGAACAUAAGUUUUUAAACGAAUUUACGGGCAUUUUAUUGAGUAGUGUAACUUGUUUUGUUGCAGGUUUGAGUUUUUGGAGGCAUAAUAGAUAGUUACAAGGAGACAGAGAAAGAGAAGUAGGAUUAGAGAGUUUAAUGGGUCACUUUUGUUAUCUCUCUCUGUUCCUCCUACUCUCUUUUACACAGCAAAGCCAGUCAUGGGGUUUAUUCUCUUCUUCUACAACAUCAAAAACUUAUCAUCAGAAUGAGAAUCCUCUAGGCAGUACAAUGACCUCUAAUGGGUUUGUAGCUGAAUUCUCCAUGGGAGCUGUGGACAAUCGGAAGGCAAUUGAGUUGGUUGAGAAUGCAAAGAGAAAACUUGACAAUUCUAAUUCAUGUUGGCAAAAAGCUUACAGGAAUCUCUUUACGACUUGCUCAGAUGUUUUGGCUGAUAGGGAGAAGCAAUCUAGACUUGCUUGGCAUCUUAGUGAUUGCUUCCAAGAGGACACUGGGAGACCACCUUUCCCUACUUGUAAAACCAAUGCUCCCAUAGUGAACUGUCUCAAGAAAUUGGAUGAGCAAGCACAUAAAGUUUACCUUGAAUUCUUCCUUCAGACCAACUUAAUUUGCCAUCAGUUACAGAGUGAUGCAUUCAAGCAACAAACAGAGAGAUUGGUAAAUGAUUUAAAGAGAUCGGCUGAACUUGUUGAGGAUAAAUUAGAAAACAUGGAAGAGAGAUCAGACAAAUUGUUACAGAACUCUAACCAAAUCCAAGAUUCAUUAACAUCAAUUGAUUUUCGAACCCAACAAAUGGCACAGACUUCUAAGGAUGUUGAAGUCCAAAUUGAUGCUGUAUUAGAACAUUCAAAGGCUAUCUUUACGCAGUCAAAGGGAAUACUAGAUUCUCAAUCAGAGCUGCGUGAAGGACAAACAGAAAUGAAGGAAAAAAUAGAGGUAGGAAUGGCAUUGCUUCAUGAAUCUUACCAGACCUUGGGACAGGACAUAGAGCAUCUAAGACAUGAAGCUGUUGCAAUAGAGAAAGAGAUUAACGAAGUUGGAGAAUCGAUGUCAUCAAAGAUGAAAAGUCUUCAAAACACAGCAGACGAUAUAGGCAGCAUUGCAGGGACAUCUUUAGAUAAACAAAAAGAACUUCUUGAUGGACAAUCAACAGCACUCGAGGGUCUUAAUUCCCUCACCAACUUUCAAUCACAGGCACUGGAAGAAAGCAGGGCUGCUUUGCAAAAGCUGGCUGAAUUCAGUCGCAAGCAACAAGAAGAGCUCCAACAACAACAACAACAGCUGCAACAAGCCCAUGAUCAACUUGUCGAAAAUUCAAAAUCUAUUUUGGCAGCUCAGGAAGCCUUCGAAUCAAAGCAGGCAAGAAUUUUUGUUGCUCUUGAUAAGCUUUUCACCUUGCAAAAUGCCAUGUUAAUGGAGUCGCGUUCCAUUAAAACAUUCUUCUUUUAUGCCUUAACCAUCUUUGUCGUGCACAUGCUAACAAGUACAAAGCACACAUAUUGUGUGAGGGCAAGGCUUUAUCUAGGACUAUCUGCUACAUUCUUGAUUGAGCUUGCAAUAAUGCGGUUUUUCGAUUAUGAUCUCAAUCAGCAAACUGGCAUAGCAUCUAAAGUACAUUGGGCUAGAUGGUCUUUUUCAAUCAUUUCUUUUAUUCAGAUUCUAUAUUCUAUAUUCACUUACAGGGACUAUGAAGUUCUAAACCAUCAUAUGCUAUUGAGCCUAAGUGAGAAGAUUAUUGCAAUGGAAAGAAAUAAGCCAUUGUCCCUGGGAAUGGAGAUCGACACCGACACUGAGAGUGAUGUUAACCUGUGUUCAUGGAUUGUUGAAGAAUUACCAGAAGAUGUAGAUAAUUGCAUGGACCCUGAUUAUAUGCUACCAGAAGAAGUUGGAGAGAAUUCACUUUCAACCACUACAAUUGCAAGAAGAUAUAAUCUCCGCCCUCGUCUUCGUCGAUGAAACUUCAGUUACAAUCACUUUAAUCACAAGAAGUUAUGAUUGAAUUGUAUCUAACAAAUUAUAGUAACAUUCAUUUUUAACAAUAUACAUGAAGGGAACCAGAAAAUUUACAUUCUAUGGCUUUGUAUACCAAACAGAUCAGAUGUCAUAUGCUUAAUUUAA